GGCGGAACGGAGGUCAGGCCAUCAACCCUAACCUCUUGAGCGGUUCUAAAGAAAUAGCUAAAUGGCUUGACUCUUGAGAGGGAGUAAAUAUGACACCAGCUAAAUGUAAUAAUAACGCCUUCAUAUGCUAGCAAAUAAUACUGUCGUUUAUAACAAAUCUAUUAUACCAUGAAGUUGCUUCAUAAAGAUAUCGAAAAAGACAAUGCCGGUCAGGUGACACUGAUGCCGGAAGAGGCAGAGGACAUGUGGCACACCUACAACUUACUGCAGAUCGGUGACAGUCUUAUGGCCUCCACUAUUAGAAAGGUGCAGACUGAGUCAUCCACGGGCAGCGUGGGGAGCUCCAGAGUGCGCACCACCCUGUGUGUGUGUGUGGAUACUAUUGACUUUGACUCACAGGCCUGCCAGCUGAGGGUGAAGGGAACCAACAUCCAGGAGAAUCAAUAUGUGAAGAUGGGGGCUUACCACACCAUUGAGUUGGAGCUAAACAGGAAGUUCACACUUGCCAAAAAGAUCUGGGAUAGUGUCGUGCUCGAUAGGAUCGAGCAGGCGUGUGACCCCACCCAGAAGGCAGACGUAGCGGCCGUGGUGAUGCAGGAGGGUCUGGCCAACCUGGUGCUGGUGACCCCCGCUAUGACCCUACUAAGGGCCAAGGUGGAGGUGACCAUCCCUCGCAAGAGGAGAGGCAGCUGCACCCAGCACGAGAAGGCCCUGGAUAGGUUCUAUGAGGCAGUGAUGCAGGGGAUCCUCAGACAUAUCAACUUUGACGUGGUGAAGUGUAUACUGGUGGCCAGUCCAGGGUUUGUGAAGGACCAGUUCAUGGCCUACCUCUUCAGGGAGGCAGUCCGACAAGACUCCAAGAUUCUGCUGGAGAACAGGCCCAAGUUCAUGUUGGUCCACUCCUCCUCGGGACACAAAUACUCCCUAAAAGAGAUUCUAUGCGAUCCAGCUGUCACGGCUAGAUUGUCUGAUACCAAGGCAGCAGGAGAGGUGAAAGCCCUGGAGGACUUCUACAAGAUGCUACAACAUGAGCCCGACAGAGCCUUCUAUGGGUUGGCUCACGUGGAGAAAGCUACCGAAGCACUGGCUAUUGACAUCUUGUUGAUUAGCGAUAAGCUCUUCAGGCACCAAGAUGUGGCCACACGGAGUAGAUACGUACGGUUGGUGGACAACGUGAGAGACAAUGGCGGAACCGUCAGAAUAUUUUCAAGCCUUCAUGUAUCUGGAGAACAGUUGACCCAGCUCAGUGGAGUGGCGGCCAUCUUGCGUUUCCCCAUUGCUGAUCUAUCGGAGCCUGAGGAUGACAGCAGCUCUGAUGAAGAGUAAAUGACACACUGCAACAGAAAAAAUAGACCCGGGGGCACUCUUAGUCUGCAGAACUGAGGAACACAGCGCAAAGUUGCAAGUAGAAAUAGAGUGCAUAGACUCAAUCUGUUGUGGAACAGAACACUGUCAUGUCUAUGCAUUCUAUUUCUAUGUCGAUGCAAUGUUGUCUAGAAAGUUAACCUCUUUUACGCCAAGCCUGUAGUCUCAACCUGUCCAUCAUUGCUUUAUCAUCAUACUCACAGAAUUUGACAUGCUUGUGCUUUUGGGUAUAAAGUAUGGAGAAAAAAUAUGUAUGCACUCACUAACUGUAAGUCGCUCUGGAUAAGAGCGUCUGCUAAAUGACUAAAAUUUAAAGGUUUAAGGCACAGUACAAGUAGAAGAUACUGCUUGUGGUACCAAUGCUAAGCCUGAAAGAUGAACUCUGGUUUACAUGAAUGCUAUGGUUAAGCCUGUAAUUUGUUUGGUGCCAAGUCUGAAUAAAACACAAAUAAUGAGAAAAAAACCUGAUUGAUCUGGAUAUAAAAUGCUAGUACAGUGUAUUAAUAUUGAUAAACCAUGUAUAAUUCAUUUCUAAUGAGAGUUUUGCAUCUACAUUUUUCCUUUCGAGUGUAUAUAUAUCUCUUUCUUGCAAUAAAACCGCCAAAGCUUA